UGCAGUAGAGUUAGUGAAUCUCUGAGAUCUGAUCAUCAUGUUUCUGACAUCUCUGUUCCUGACCCUGCAGGUGCUGGUCACCACCGUCACGGCCUCGCACUACUAUGGAGGCUCAAUGACUUUUAACUCGAGAAGAAACAUUGAUGGAUCGUACAAGGUGGAACUUCGCUUCAAGACGACCUACCAUCAUUGCUACACAUAUGACUACUGGUCAUGCCCUUCUGGAAACUGCGGCGUUGAGAACAGUUACGUGAUGGGUCAAGUAGAUUCGAGUCUCAACGGGGGCACCUGGUGUCAGUCUGAGGGAAUCAUAACACGGACCGUUUCCACCAACAAACCCUUUGACAUGCUAAAACAAAGUUGCUGCUGGAUCUUUAACACUAUCACAACAUCUGGACCCUGGAGUCUUCUCACGCAUGUUGACCUCGGAGUGAGAUCAGACACCACCGAGCCCAAUAGAUCCCCAAUCACCACCGCACUACCGUUGAUUAGAGUUCCUCAGAACUGCCCCAGGAGGUACAAUCUGUUGGCUUUUGAUCCUGACGGCGAUCACGUCAGAUGUAGAUAUGGACGGAGAAACAUUAAUGAGUGUGGAAUUUGCAACGAACCUGUUGGUUUUUCUGUGGAUGAGAUUAACUGUGCGUUGUCAUAUGACUACACAUGGCUCCCUGGAGUUUACUCGUUUGAGCUGGUGCUGGAGGAUUUCCCCAUGCAUGACAUCACUGUGUCCUACAACAACCAACCCGGGGUCAUGAGAAAGCGACGUAUGGUUCCACCCAAUUUUGAAACUACUACUGCAGUUACAACCACAGAGGAACCAACAACAACCACAACUGUACCGACAACAACCACAACUCCAUGGAAAACAACCACAACUCCACCGACAACAACCACAACUCCACCGACAACAACCACAACUCCACCGACAACAACCACAACUCCACCGACAACAACCACAACUCCACUGACAACAACCACAACUCCACCGACAACAACUGCAUCAACAACAACCACAGAUCCACCGACUACAACAAUGUCUGGACCAAACCCCCAUUUACCACUGAGCAAAAUUCCUCUUCAGUUUUCUCUCCAAGUUGAUGGUCCAGCUCCAUCUUGCACCGAGGGUGAAUAUCUACCACGGUUCCUUCACCCAACACCUCAUCAUGGAGAACACCUGCAGGCUCGUGUGAAUCAGGAGCUGGAAAUCAGAAUCAACGCUUUUGCGUCUUUAUCAAGUAUUAUUGAUGUCAUCAUUAGUGGACCUCUGAACAGCACAAAACACAAAACUACCAGCGGGGAGUAUGUGAUCAACUGGACACCAACUGCAGAGAACUUCGGCCAACACUUUCCAUUUUGCUUCAUCGCAGAAGGACAACACGGGUCUAACAUUUACCAGUCUGAAAUGAGGUGCGUCAUUGUAAAGGUGGAAGCUAAAGGACCCAAGGCAAAUGUAACCUGCUCACAAAACUCAAUGUCUGUGACAAUUGAAAAGUCAACCAUCAAAAGAAUCGAUGACAGACACUUGAGGCUGAUAGAUCCCCUUUGCCGACUUGAGUCCAAUACAACCCAUGUGUUCACCACCAUUCCCCUUAAUGGCUGUGGCACUGAAGUGGAGGAGAACGAAAGUGAGCUUAUCUUCAAGAAUAAAAUCACGUCGUCCGAUGACCCCAGGGACAUUAUAACCAGACACCAUGAACUAGAAAUUGAAUUAUUGUGCAAAUACCAGAAGAGAAGCAACAUUACAGUGGAGUUUGAUACUCACAGACAAGUGAUCAACUUCACAGAAAGAGGCUUCGGUUCAUUCAGCUACCAGUUUGAGUUUUAUGGCUCCGAGAGUUUCUACAACAGAAUUGAUGUAAACUCCUACCCGCUGGAGUAUGAUGUGGGUGAGAUGAUCUACAUGCAGAUUGAGCCCGUCACUCCAGUCCAAAACACUGAGAUCUUCCUCGAGUCCUGUGCAGCUACACCCUACGAUAAUCCCGACUACCCCAUCUCGUACCCCAUCAUCACAAAUGGAUGCAAUGUGGACGAAACGGUUCAGAUUUUCUCCGAUCACCAACCGUACGUCCAGUUUGGGAUGGAGGCCUUCAAAUUCAUUGGACUCCACAACCAAGUGUUCAUCAGCUGCUCUAUCGUCAUCUGUGAGGCAAAUAAUCCCAACACCCGCUGUUCGCAAGGCUGCACAAACAACCAGGUACCUCCACCACCCCACCAUCAUCACAAGAGAGAAGCUGCAAUCCAGACCGGCAGUCACUUCAUUUCCCAGGGUCCCCUGCGGCUGAGACGUGCAACACAGGUCACUGUAAGCCAAGGUGUGAAUCUGAACCUCGCUGUCAUCGCUGGCUGUCUCCUAGCAAUGGUUGCCAUGGUGUGCGGAGUCACCGUUUAUAGAUCGAGGAUGUCAAAGAUCACAUACCAGCCGUUGCCAUCACACGAGUUUUGAGCGUGAGCGUGAUGCUCAGUAUUUGCGGGCAUCGGCUUCUUAUAACAUAGAAGUGCUUUAUGUUUACAAUACAGCAGAACUUCGCAUGAACAUAUGUUUUAUGUAAAUCUUACUAUCUUUCUUUUUGUACUUUUUCAUUUUAGUUUCAUUGGUUGAUGAAUAAAGAAUCAAUGGUGAAAGUG